AUGGCCAACACUGACAGAGUAGUACUCCUCUUUGCCGCUAAGUUAAUAAUAAAAAAUCGUGCUUUUCAGCUCACGUUCUCGUGCCUCGUCCUCGCAGCUUCCGGCUACUCCCCCUACGGGGCGCCAGCGUACCACGGCCCGCCGGCGCCGUUGGCCCACGAUGGAAGGGUGAUCGACACACCGGAAGUUGCUCACGCGAAAGCGGUCCACCUGGCCACCCACGCGGCGGAAGCCGCGAAGGCUUCUCCAACCGGUUACGACGAUUACGAGGGGAAAUACGUGCAUGAUGAGAGCACCGCUUACGUGGCUGGCCACGGCUUGUACUACGGGCCCCCGGCGCCGUUGGCCCACGACGGGAGAGUGGUCGACACGCCGGAAGUUGCACACGCGAAGGCUGCGCAUUUGGCGGCCCACGCGGAACAGAUCUCGAAGAUCGCCCAUAUCGCCCCUUACCAGAAGCCACACUGGUGAAAAUCACCCGAGUUGACGACAGGAUUGACAUGUGGGGAUUUCGAGGGGGAGGGAGACCAGGAUUUUUUUUUUUUUUGGAAUCAUUUCUUUGCUUUAUGGAAUCGUGGAUCGAUUGGGGAUAUUUUCGUUUCUAAAAUUCGACCUGCGUUUUUGGAGAUUAUCUCGUUGAUGAGGAAUAUUGUGAAUAAUUUCGUGAAAGAGAGAGAGAGAAGUAUAGAUUAUGGAUUGUGUAACGGAUGAUGUAUAAUUUGUUAUGUUUUAUAUAUAUAUAUAUUGAUUAAAAAUAUUGCAAAAAGUAUUUAUCGAAUA